GAAACAGUACUCUGGUUGCUGCGGUCAUGUGACCAGAAAGGAAGUUUGCUGUGAUAAUGGAUUUUUGUUUUCAGUCUGUUGUAGAAAAACAGAGGAGCAAGAGUGAGGGAAAGCCAAUUGUGAGCACCUCAAGAUCUGGACAAUUGGACUGGUGUCAUCCGGCUGCAACACAGACGGCUGUCCAGACUAUGGCUUCAAAAUAUGACAAAUAGGGUGUCUUUUCCUCUCUGGACAAGGAGAGCUUUUUUUUUUAUACGUUUUAUCUACUACCACAAUCAUCCCUAUUCUCUCUCAUCUUUACUUUGAGAAAUACACUUCAUUUUGUCUGUGAAAAUGGACGACACAGAGCCUUUGCCCAGUCUCAACUCCUCCUACGCUCCGACUGCCCUGGGCAACCACCGAGUGUCUGAAGAGGAGGACAGCGAGGACCAGGGUCCCUUGGUGUCACUCCUGCCCAAAGAUUCCUCAGGGCCUCUGGCCAUGCGCUACAGUCCAGAUGACUCUUACUCUCUGGUGUAUAUCAUCUUCUUUCUGAUGGGCAUCGGCUCCCUGCUGCCAUGGAACUUCUUCAUAACAGCCAAGCACUACUGGCUCUACAAGCUGAGUAACAGCACUUCUCAAGGUGGCGGUGAGGAGCAACGCUCAGACCUCGGCGAUUACUUUGAAAGCUAUCUGGCCAUUGCCUCCACGGUGCCUUCUGUGCUAUGCCUGAUACUCAACUAUGUCCUAGUUAACAGGUUGUCUUCUAACGUGCGCAUCCUGACCUCUCUCGGUGUGAUCCUGUUGGUGUUUGUGGUGACCACGGUGCUGGUGAAGGUGGACGUGUCACACUGCAGGACACAGUUCUUUUUCGGCACGCUGGCCAGCGUGGCAGUAGUCAGCGGAGCAUCUAACCUCUUCUCUGGCAGCGUGUUCGGGAUCAGUGGGCAUUUCCCCAUGCGGAUUUCUCAGGCUCUCAUAUCAGGCCAGGGCAUGGGAGGCACUUUGAGUGCAGUGGCAUCAAUAGUGGACCUGGCAGUGGCGAAAGAUGUGACAAAUAGCGCUCUAGUCUAUUUCCUGACAGCCGACUUCAUCAUCCUGCUUUGCAUCAUUGCAUAUCUGCUUCUGCCAAAGCUGGCAUAUUCAAGAUACUACAUGGAGGCAGCAGGGCGCACCAGUGCCGAGCGGAUGAGCGAUGGAGAAGCAGCGGGGACAGGGAGCGGCGUCUCCAUCCCACCACUGCAGCCCAUCCUCAGGAAGACGUGGGUGCUCGGCCUGAGCGUCUUCUACGUCUUCUGCGUCUCCAUCAUGGUGUUCCCUGCAGUGUCCUCGGGAAUCCAGUCGGUCAACAAAGACAGCGGCAGCCCCUGGACCACCACGUAUUUUGUGCCCCUCACCAGUUUCCUCGUGUACAAUGUGGCGGACUUCUGCGGCAGGCAGGCCACGUUCUGGCUGCAGGUCCCCGGUCCCACCAGUCGAGUCCUGCCUGCGCUGGUGCUGUGUCGCUCCGUCAUGGUGCCGCUUCUGAUGUUCUGCAACUACCAGCCAAGGGACCACCUCCACACGGUGCUUUUCGCCCAGGACGCGUACCCCGUGGUCUUUAACUGCCUGCUGGGCCUCACCAACGGCUACCUAGGCACUCUGCCGAUGAUCUACGGCCCCAAGGUCGUACCUCGAGAGCUGACAGAGGCCACGGGAGUGGUCAUGUCCUUCUUUCUCACUCUAGGACUUGCUGUGGGAUCUUCUUUCUCUGUGCUCAUUGUGCACUACAUCUAACCAGGCUCCUGAGCAACAACCCAGUCAUUUACAGUGGUAUAGUUGAGCUACACGACAGACAGAAGGUAGAGUCAGCGCAUUGAUGCAAAGUGCAACAGUGAAGCCAAUUGCCUGCCAUGGUGAGAAAGGACUCUUUGAUAAAGCCUCACAUGUGUAUUGUUUACACUGCGGCUCAUGGUGGAAGUCAGCUAUAACUUGGUGGUUACAUUUCAAGACCAGGAGGACGAUCUUUAGGCAACACCAAAAAUCCAUAAGGGAAAGAUCAUUCACCAACCAAUAUGCAGAAGUUGCUUUGGUUCCACUGCAAUAGAAUAUGCAGACGGUAAAGCAUCACUUCGUUGAGGAUUACGUGCUGUUUGUAACUUGAAUGGACCAUAUAAACUAAACAUUUCCAGUAACAAGUUUUAUUUGUUACACUUUUUCAUAACAUGCUGCAGUUCUUUAGAAGUGAUGGUAAUUUAUCCAACCCAAUCCAACCUAAUAAUGAGUCAAAUGAGGUUUGGAGACACUUUUCUCAUUGAAUGAGUGCCCAAACUUUUAACUGGAUAUAUAAAUAUUAGGGCUGGGACUUUAGCGCGUUAAUUACGAUUAAUUAAUUACAAUGUGAAUUAAGAUUAAUGUGUUAUUUUUUGUGUAAUUAAACAUUUUUUACGCAUUUUUACACUUAUUUUUUGCACCGCGGAUUGUUUCUCACUGGAUGAGUUUCGGAGGACCGAUUAUACUGGAGCACCAACUAGCGUUCAUGACUUCAGACAACAAACCACAGUGAACAUGAACGAAGAAGCUGACGAGACCGUGUCUGUUGGCCCCGUGAAUGGGAAAUCUUAUAAUAAACACACGGAUGGAAGCGUAGAUAAGAGCGCGGUUGUGUGCAAGCUGUUUAACAAGGAAUUCACAUCGAGCCUCAAGUAUCACCUCAACGCUAAACAAUUAGCAGCUAGCGUGGACGUACAAGGACCCACACCCAACCCACACUGCACCAGAUGACUGGUUUAAGGACCAGGGUAACUAAGUCCACGUCUGAAAAAAUAACCAAUGUUCUGAAUGUACUUGAAAGUAUUGGUCUACUUAAAAAAAACAUAGUUUACAGAAGGUCUACUAACCUAUAGGCUACCUGAAUUUCUGAAAGUACUAUAUUUCUAAAUAUGCUAUUGCUACACUUGUCUGCUGGAAUUGGUUGAACAAAAAUAAAAAUCCAUGUGAAAAAAAUUACUUCACUGUUCUCAGGUCAAAUAUUUAUGCAAUUAAAUUGUGAUUAAUUUUGAUUAAUUAAUUACAAAGCCUCUAAUUAGAUUAAUAUUUUUAAUCGAGUCCCGGCCCUAAUAAAUAUACACCAACCACUUUAUUGCUAGUAAAUGGUUGGACCACCUUUUGUCUUCAGAAGCACCUUAAUUCUUUGUAGCAUAUUUUUAACAAGGUGUUGGAAACAUUCCUCAGAGACUUUUGUCCAUAUUGACACGAUAGCAUCAAGCAAUUGCUAGAGAUUGGCUGCACAUCUAUGAUGCAAAUCUCCCGUUCCACCACCUCCCAAAAGGUGCUGUAGGAUUGAGAUGUGACUGGAGGUCACAUCAACAAGGCAUCCUCAUCCACACAACUGCCGCUCACUGGAUAUUCUCUUAUUCAGACCAGCCUCUAAACCCCAGAGAUGGUUGUGUGAACAGACCAGCCACGUUCAAAGUCGUUUCCUUUCAGAUAAUGUUGAGGAAGUGUUUCUUUUUAAAUGACUGCUGACAUGGACUUGCCAAAAUGAACUCUCCAAUGACCAACGGAAACCGUUGGUUUAUGACGAGGUUGAUCAGCUAACACACACGAAAAAUGGAUUUUGAUCACUUUAAUUGUUAAAAUGUACAGAUUGACAGCUUGUGGUUUGAGGCAGACAAUCAAAUUAAAGGUGCUUACUGUACAUCAGACAGUGAUUUACAAACAGUAGGAAGAGCGCAAACAACGGGAGGUACACUCAGAUCAACACUUUUGUUUAGGGGUCACAGUCUUGUCGUUCUUGACACAUUGAGCCGAGUGAAUUAAAGAUGGAGAGAAUGGGUUGAAAGACUAAUCAGGACAGUAGAACUCUACUUUGGAUUAAAAAUUAUACAGUCUUACACCCAGCAAGCAACAUGAUUAAGUAAAACCUAAAUGCUGGAAAGCCUAACAGUGAAGCUUUGAGACUUUUGCUUAAUGAAGCCGAGCAAGCUCCAGACCGCACGCCUCAGAAAAACAAAAUAAAAUCUUUCCCUUUCCACCAUGACAUUAUUCAAAAUAUCAGUCAAUUUAAACAAUUGCAGUCAUGAAAAAGGAAAAAAAAAAAAGAGAA